UGGCCUUUUUAUCUUUAGUUUUUGAAUGGCUUUGAGAAUUACGGAUCGGAUUAGGAAGAGAGAGGAGGAGGAAGAGGAGGAAGAGGAGGAUGAUGAUGAUAUGAUUCUAUUUCUUUUACCAAUGCUGCAUCUGCUGGGUGAACCAAGGGAAAAAAAGCCCCGCCAUACAUCGACGAUAAGAGGCGAGGAGGUUGUAAGGGACUUGCUGGAAGGGCACGUACAAAAUUGCCGGGUAGCAUUUAGGAUGGAGCCCCACAUCUUCAGGGCUUUGGCUAGCUUCCUUCGACGCGAGAGUUUGGUGCGUGAUACCAGACUUAGCGUCGAAGAGAAACUUGCAGUCUUUCUGUGGAUGCUGUCCCAUAAUUUCUCAUACCAGGAUCUCCAAGUACAGUUCAAGCAUAGUAAUGACACUUUCCAUACCAUCAUGAAUAACUUCUUCAACAUCGUUCCUGCACUAUCCAAGCACUUUCUGAAGCCUCCCAAUCCAGCUCAAGUACACCCAAAGAUCCGGAACAACCCAAGAUUCUUUCCUUAUUUUCAGAAUUGUCUUGGAGCUAUUGAUGGGACUCAUGUUCCCAUGAACAUUAAUGGUGACAUAGCCACACCAUUUAGAAAUAGGAAGGGAACACUCAGCCAGAACGAUGAUACACAAGGAGGGAUGCAAGAGGCUAGUAUGAUGGAGAACUUUGUUGGGAACGGGGAGGCUCAGCCCACGGUGCCUGCUGCACCAUCAACAAGUACUGAAAAUGAACCCAAGAAGCGCCGGUCAAAUGGAGAUAUUGCUGCUAUGAUGGAGAAGUACAUUGAGAUGAAGAUGAAGCAGGUCGAGAGCAAGCAAAUCGCGAACAUGGAUGAGUACUCAAUCAAGAACUGUGUGGCUCGGCUAAACACAAUGGGAUUAUCACAAGAGGAUAAGGUCAAAGCCCUAAAAGUCUUUACGAAUGCUGACAAUCGCGAGCUCUUCCUUUGCGUUGAUAUGGAUACAGCUCUCAUGUGGCUGCAAGGCGAAAUGGCUUAGGAAAGGUUUGACGUCGCGGGAGGCAUAGAGCUCUUCAACGGCAAGCGGAGCGGCGGACGGAGAUGGAGGCGACAAUAUUUGAGUUUAAAUUUCGAAUUUACAAGUCUAAUUUAAAAUAUUUUCAAUGUGUUAUGAAGUUUAUAGCAAAAUAUUGCUUCUGUUGUCGCCGCGGCCAUGUCAGUUAAAUCAGGACCGAGGGAGUAUAUCGUAUCUACAAGAGUGUAUUCCGUUUGUAUAUUGUUUUGUGAAUUGUGAGCAUUUUUUAUUACAGCUU